AUGGUGGUGAUCCCUGGGACGGAUCCUGGUUAUGCUGGGGAUCCCCGAGAUGGAUCCUGCCCAUACUGGGACUGCCUGGAUUGGAUCCUGGCCCUGCUGGGGAACCUCAGGACAGACCUGGACCAUGCAGGAGCUCUCCAGGCUGGAUCCGGUCCACACCCGACCUCUCCGGGCCGGAUCCUGAUCAAGCCGUGGGCCCGUGGGCUUGGCCGUGGCCCUGCUGGGAGACUCAGGCCCCGGCAGCGGCUGGAGAGGGCCAGGCACAAGCCAGUCGCCUUUGCCGUGCGCACCAAUGUCAGCUACUGCGGGGCGCUGGAUGAGGAGUGCCCAGUGCAGGGAGCCGCCAUCAACUUUGAAGCCAAAGAUUUCCUGCACAUCAAGGAGAAAUACAGCAAUGACUGGUGGAUUGGUCGCCUAGUGAAGGAGGGGGGGGACAUCGCCUUCAUCCCCAGCCCCCAGCGCCUGGAAGCCAUGAGGCUCAAGCAGGAGCAGAAAGCCAGGAGAGCUGGCAAUGCCUCUGGCCUCGGCGACAGUGGGAACCGGCGAUCGCCUCCCCCCUCCUUAGCUAAGCAGAAGCAGAAGCAGACACAGCACAUCCCGCCCUACGACGUGGUCCCCUCCAUGCGGCCUGUGGUGCUGGUGGGGCCCUCACUGAAAGGAUAUGAGGUCACCGACAUGAUGCAGAAAGCCCUCUUCGACUUCCUCAAGCACAGAUUCGAUGGCAGGAUCUCCAUCACCCACAUCACAGCUGACCUCUCCCUGGCCAAGCGCUCCAUCCUCAACAACCUGGGCAAGCAGGCCAUCCUGGAGCGCUCCACCACCCGCUCCAGCAUUGCUGAGGUGCAGAGUGAGAUCGAGCGCAUCUUUGAGCUGGCCAAGUCCCUGCAGCUGGUGGUGCUGGACGCCGACACCAUCAACCACCCAGCCCAGCUGGCCAAGACCUCUCUGGCACCCAUCAUCGUCUAUGUCAAGGUGUCCUCGCCCAAGGUCCUGCAGCGGCUCAUCAAAUCCCGUGGCAAGUCCCAGGUGAAGCACCUUAACGUGCAGAUGAUGGCGGCCGACAAGCUGGUGCAGUGUCCCCCGGAGCUCUUUGAUGUCAUCCUGGAUGAGAACCAGCUGGAGGAUGCCUGCGAGCACCUGGCCGAGUACCUGGAGGUGUACUGGCGUGCCACGCACCACCCGCCUCACGCCCCCCACGCUGUGCCCUCACCCACUGGCCUCCCAGGCCUGCAGAGCCAGCAGCUGCUGGGGGAACGGGGGGAGCACUCACCGCUGGAGCACGACAGCCUGAUGCCAUCAGACGAGGCGGGGGAGACCUCACCCCAGCCCUGGGGGGCUGCGUCCCAGCGCAGCUCCCGGCACCUGGAGGAAGAGGAGUACACAGACCCCUAUCCUGACCUCUACCAGCCCCACCGGCAUCACAACAGCGGGCUGCAGGGCCCUGGCACACCGGACCGCCAAACCGAGCGUAACCACGACAGGAACUGGCAGCGCAGCCGGCCCUGGGCCAAGGACAGCUAUUAG